AGCGGUGUAGACGUUUACGCUGCUUUGUAUCAUUGCGUGCGAUCUCGACCCACCGGAAGUGCAAUUCCGCACCUUCGGUUAACCAUUCGAACCACUCGUUCCGUUCUGUUUUACGGAGCAUUUAUCGGACGCGCUGGUCGUAGUUGCCGAUGGAUUGUCCGAAAUCAGCUUUUUCGCGAAUCUGAAUGAUCAGACUGUGUUGUGUUGAAGAAACUGUUGUUCGACCGCUCCGGUUACUUUUGCAGCAGAGUGAAACUGUCAUUAUAUUGCGAUUGUGCUAUUCGUGUUAUCGCUUUUUCUGAACAUUUUUGCGCGGAAGCUCCGCCUUAGCGAAGCGCAACUUUAAGUUGUAACGCCCGGCCGGCGCAGCGCCUAUAUUAAAGGGAGAUAUGCCAGAAGCGGCGACGGCGAUCGACUGACAGCGCCGGAGAAACGGAGCUCUGUUGUUUGCGCGGAGCAGAAUUUUCGACCGAUAUGAGAGCGAUAUAAUUUUUGCAUCGUCGUCGAGUGAAGAGAUGCAAAGUCGUCAGGUUGAAGUCACGUAAAUCGUCACGCAAAAGGCGGUUCUUUCACGCGAGCGUGGUUAUUGCGAGAUGUAGCUCUUGCUGAAGAUUACUUCGCGCUUCUCCGCGUAGAGAAGACGGCGAUCGUUUCGUUUGCCUCUUCUAGAAUCGACAGUCGCGCGUACAGUCCCCGUUCGAUUGAUCCGCGCGUUUGUUCAUCGGGUGGGGUGAACUCGGAAGUGAUAUCGUCGUAAAAAGUGAUAGCGCCGGAAUAAGGAAACGUCGGAGAAACGUCUGCGACAUUUCCGGUGAUGUGUCUACAAGUUGGAUACUAAACAGAACUUCUCUCUUCGUCGCGCGAGAUGACGAAACGCUGUCUGUCGGACGCGUUUGACUAGUCGUCACAGUGGAGUUCUGCUUAAUCGCAGCCUCGGGAGGGGGUGGUUCGAUGUUGGUCCCUCCCGUGGCCCAAAGUGGGACCGGGGAUCGUCCCGUGGGGGACACGGUGGCACGGGCUCAGCAGACGACCGGCCCCGCUACGACGACCCUAUGGCCUUUAGCACCUGCGCAGCCUAAUCAGGUUCCCAAUCAGCAGUCCCAGGGCAUACCACCCCUGGCCGCUACGCCUGCGCCCGCACACAAUCAAGGUGCGAACCGCUACGGACUGUAUUCGUUAUUCCCAGGGGGUGGCGGGGGCAGUUAUGUCGCUGCCACCCCCGCCACCCCCGGGCAACCGACUGCAGCGCGAGCUUAUCACGCGACAACGCACAAGGUUUCAGAGAGCGUGUUUUCCGCGGCGGUCGGCGUAGGAGUGGGCGGUUACACCUGGGGCGCUCCCACGCCCCCGCCCGGAUCGCCCUACAGCCCCGUGCCCGUGACACAGCUGGAGCUGCUGGCAAAAAAUUUGGCAAAUCUGGCACCAGCAGCCGCGGCGGGCCAGCAAGCAUUGAGUCUACAGGGUGUCGGCGUCAACGUGGCGGGUAGCCUACACCACGCGCAGCACACGCAGCACACGCAGCACACGCUCAACCUAACCGGACUUCAUCAUUUGCAUCAUGGUGGCCUUCAUCAGAACGCGUUCUCGCCCCAACUGUCUCUGGUGACCGGGAGCACGCCAACGCUUACCAUUAACAACUUCUCGUCGCCCAACUCCAACGGCGUCGUGCCGACGACCGGCGUUCUCUUGCAGGAAUACCAAUCGCCUAUAGGGGUGACAGCAUCGGCGACAGGAUGCGCCGUCACCAUGAACGGUUCCUCUUGCCUGACCAACACCAGCAGCGCGACCGGCAACGUGGUUGUGCACGGUGGCGGUGGCAACCAGGCGACCGCAAAUCAGACCACCGUUCAGCCAACAGCCACGACGAAGAAACGGGAGGCUUUCCUUCCCAGUCAAGGCCAACCGGUAAAGCUGGAGAACAAAUCGACCAGGACCUCGUGUCUGUGCAGGAACAGCAACGGCAAGACGAAGGUGGUGCAUUCGGACGUGGGGUGCAGCAGGACACUGCCCGUCGUCUCGUCCUGGAACGGGCAGGACAUCAACACCGGUUCUAACAAUAGCAACGCCGGGUUGACGGUGAAGAGGGAACCGUUGGCCUCGGUGCCCUGUCAAGUCGCGGAGGUUUCCACGUCCCUUCACGCCACCGCCACCUCCGUCAAGAUCGAACCCGUGCCACCCAAGUCUGAGAAUGGAAUAGUGGUCUCGAACGCUGCUGCCGGUGGCAUACCGGUUGGCAUCGCUGUAGCGAGACAACGAUUGCAGCACCAGGAGACCUCGACGUCAAUGCGCAAUGUGUCCUUAAGUCAUCACACAUCGCACCACGCGACGAGCUAUCAUCACUUCCAACCGGACGGUCUGGGUACCAACGCAACGGCCAUGGCGGUAGGCGGCACCACCCUGGUGCACUGCGGAGGGCCUGGAGGGGAGGAUCGUGCGGCCCACCUCGCCGCUAUUUCCUCCGGGGCGCUCGCGCCCUCUCUGAGCCUGAAUUCCACUCUGAAUUCCAGCCUGAAUUCCACCCUGGGCAGCAUCGGCGGUGCGCCGGCGGCCGCGGGCGACACGACCGCCGCUACGUGGCCGCCCACGCUGUGGCAGUAUCCGGCUGCAACGGCCGCAGCGAUGCCAACGGAUCCGGUUGGUUUUCCUCAAGUGAAUUCCGGACUGCAGGGCGGAUUCCACGUUGUCCGCGACCCAACAACCGGACACAUCCUCCUUAUUCACGCUGCGGAACAAAUGCAGCAGGCCGUGGUCUGGCCGAAUUACCCAAAUCACAACGGUAACGUUGCCGCACCGCCUCCGUUCCUCUUGCCACCUCCUCCGCCCUCGAUACAGGUUUUGGGCGAUAUCGGUGGCGCGCGAUUGGUGCUGACCGAGAACAAACGGAAGCAACAGAGCACGUUGCCGAUAGUUAAGAUCGAGACCGAAUGCAACAACAGUCCAACCGCUAUAAUUACGUCCGAAUCGUCCAAGACCGCUUUGCAGACCAUGACGUCCAUGACGGGGGCUUUGGUGCCGGACGCGGCUCUUGUCACCACGCUCCACUAUUACCCGCCGGCGCCGGCGCUGGUGCAAAUCAGCCAGGCCGAACCCACCACGACGCACUGUAGGUCGCAGGUCGCGAAGGCCACGUCGCCGGUCUCGUGUCUCACGCCACCGCCGGAAGUACCUACGACGAUCGAGCCGUCGUCGUUCGGCGUUCAGGACGCCUCGAAUCAAACCGACGCGCCCGAUGACGCGGACGAGCAGAAGCAGGAACCGAUCGUGAAGCAGGAACAGAAUCUGAGUCCUUGCCAGAUCGCUGCGCAGGGAUCCGCCGCCGCGACGCAGGGCGCGAAUCUGACCGCCGCGAAUUUCGAGAUCGUGGCGCCGCCGCCGCCGCCGCCGCCGCAACCGACCGAGAGGAUCUGCAACGUCGUCAGAAUCACGACGACCACGACCACGGUGAAUCCGACCGUGUGCGGCAUCGUUGCGAAAGUCGACAAGGCGGAGAACACAAUAAUCAACAUGGCCGAUUCCGCGAAAUAUUCGGCGAAGGAAGCGAGAAGCGCGAUCAGGACGAUCGAGCAGGACGCUGCUCCUCGAAUUGACGAGGAAGUUCUGUGCGGCAAAGAAAACAACAAGACGCCGGUAUGCGGCAAGAGCAGAGCCGGCACCAGAAUAAUCGAGAUCACCGAAGAGAACUGCGAUAGCUUUCACGAGAACCUGGAGUUUUUCGCGAGGAGAAGAGACGUGGGCGAUCGUCGCGACAGCUAUUCCAAGGACAAGGAGAACGUCGUACGGGAAUCUAACGCGCCUGAAAAAAUAGAGAUCGAGUCGUCGAGAAUCAACGCUUCAAAUAUUGAGGUUUAUCAUCAAGGUCCCAAGAUAACGGAACCUUCGACUUUCGAGGAGCCGAAACCGAGCGCUGCCGAUUCGACGGCCAGUUGCGAGAGCUGCGACAAAAAUCGAAACAUCAUAAUCGCGAACGGCGAGACGCGGCCGCAAAUCACAGUUAAGUCAUUCGACAUGCCCAACAUAGACGCCGACGAUCAGGAGAUGGAUCAUCAUCAUGUCGUCAUCAAGCAAGAAGCCGACGACAGUUGCUACGACAUGUGCUACGAGUCGUCUCAUUGCGAGCCUACGUCAACCAGCGAGAGAUCCGGCAGGCCUAGUCACGAGAAGUCGGCCCAAGAAACGACGAAGAGACACGAGAAGUCGCAUCAUCCGGGAAUCGAAAACGUGGUCGAGAAGCUGAAGAAAAACGCGGCGGCGGCGCUUCAGGAAGCCGCGUUACCCCCGACCCAGAAGAUCGAUGAGAAACCGAUCUCGAGGAGACACUACGAGACGAUACCGAAGAAACUGCACUUUCUGAGAUCGUGUCAGAAUUCGAUGGAGAACGGCGUCGACGCCGAGGUCUCUUCCUCGCAGCAGAUCGUAAUGUCGGAACAGGUACAGAAUCGGGAUCGAUCGGGACGAUACUCACCUCAGACGGAAGACGACCGACACUCGCUGGGUGGCAGCAAGUGCGACACGUCCGGCGAGUGUCUGGUCAGCGACAACAACAACGACAGCAGGAGCAACAACAACAACAUCAAGACGUUCGAGAACAAAACUCUGUACGAGAAGAACGAGAGGAAUCUGUGCGACGUUACCGCUUACGUUAAGCCAAAGACCGUUUGGCGUUGCGAGGUGCAUCUGAUAGAGAAGAACGCGGCUCGUAAACUCGACGAGGACGCGUUAUCAGAAAUGACGACGAAGUCAGCCAGAAUUCAGAAGCAAAAGCCAGCGAUCGACGUGAGCGGUCUCGAGUUGCUGUCGAACAGCAUCGAGCAGUUGGAGCAGCGGAUCGGCCAGUCGGAACACUCGCAGAUGGACGUGGACGAAGAGUCGCCCGUGAAGAAAAACUUAAUCGGUCAGUCACAGAGUGAGAAUAACAACAACAACGUCGGUCUCGGUCUGCUCUGCGCUCUCGCGGAACAAAUUAUGGAAGUGGGCGACAAGGUUCCCCGAAAAUUGAACAUCGACAGUUCGGAGGAGAUCUCCCAGGCUGGUAGAUUGCUGCUGAAUCUGGGCAGAGGUCAUCCUUCCGAGAAGGAUGGAAACAAGAGGAAGUACCUUGAUAGCGAAAAUCAUUAUUCCAAACGAAUCAAACUUGACGACGAAGAAGUUGCGUCGUCCAAUUAUCACGAGGAGAGUAUCGAAGACGGAGACGCGGAUGACGCUGUUGAUGAAUAUCAGAAGAACGAUCUUCCGCAGAAAGAGAAGAAUAUUAAACGCGUCGUUGAUUUUUCCGCGAACGAAGCUAAUGACGUUUCCGACGAAAGAUUCGUCGCGUCGGAAGGUUUCAAUUCUCAACAACACAAACAACGUGGUGCGAAAACGAACGAAACAAACGAUUUGCAAGAUAACGACGCGCGUUACAACGAUGUCGCUGAAGAGAACAAUCUAUCGGAUUCGGAGAACGAGACUCCAAAAUCGAAGAUCUCCUUCAGACAGCCGGUUAACGGCGAAACCGAGAAACGAAGAACGUCCGUCGGAGAAAAGGACGCGAGAGACGUUCACGAUUGCAAGAACAACACGUGGACGAAGUCGGAGGCGAAGAAGUUCGCGGCGAAGAAAGGAAAUCGCGACAACGAGGACGACUGGCCGAACAUGAACGCCACGGAACUGGACAUGCGGGUGAAAAUGGCCGACAUUCAAAGACAGUACAGGGAGAAGCAGAAGGAACUUUCCAAAUUGAUUUUGCCCAAGAAAGACGAAAAGAAAACCCCGGGCAGACCGCGAAAAAAAAGCCAUUCCUCUACGUGUUCUGACUACGGAACGUUGUCGUCGCCACCUACGUUGGAUCUCAUGAGCUCCCCAAUUCAAAAAUCACCACCGGGAUCGCCGGGAUCACCUAACGGCACAUCGCCGCCGGUAAUUUCGACUUUGUUGCCCAAGUGCAACGUGAAUCUCGUUAAGAUCGGCGAGCCCAGAAGUCACAUAAAACUGCUGGAUAGCAUACCCAGCAUCCCGAUAUCGGUGCCGCUGUCAUCAGCGGUACCAUCUGUUGUCGCUAAAGCGGUAACGGAGGACGAGGAGAAAAGUGCAAGAACGUCGAAUUACGACACGUCGUCGCCAGCGCCCACCGUCAACUCGACUUCCGCUUCCAAGAAGAGGAAAGUGGGCCGACCGAGGAAGCUCACGUGCACCUCGGGAGGUGUCAGACAUUUGACCGAGACGAUUGUUGCGAAAAAACCCAAAAGCAAAAGUUCCCUGGUGGGUUAUGUGUUAUCGUCGAAGAACAGACAUCUACAGUCAAAGCAAUACAUCAACAACAAAACCGGUUACACUCCGUUGCCUUUCAAAUCCGGAUUGUCUUCCGCCCCGAAGACGCAGUCUAAGGUGCAAAAAGUCACGAAAAUGAAAGCGAAACCGGCUAAACAGACGUCUUUGCAUAACAAAAACGUAAUCAGCUCGAUUAUCGCCGAGAAGGCGAAAUUGAGUCAAGAAGUGAAGCUCGAGAAGCACAGCGGUAAUAAAAUAAAACCGAAACUCAAGGCGGAGGUGAAGAUAAAAAAUUGGAAGGACGACGAGAACGACGCGGCAUCGUGCGCUAGCAUUCCGUGCUCGGACGAACCCGCCGUUCAGAAACCCGCGAAGGAGACACCGCCGGCAAAGUCGCCGGAGCAACAGGCGGAAAAGGAUCCGGCGGAGAGAUCGCGGCACGAGAAAUCGAAGAAGAAGAAACGCAAGUCGAGCUCGUCGCAAUCGCCGAGUCGCGAGCGAAAGGAUUCGAAGAGGCGCAAAUCCCUCGAGUGCAAACAGUGCGCGAAAAAGGCGGCCGCGGCCGCAGCGGCGAGAAACGAGAGCGUUGUCAACCGAUGCAAGUUGACGUCCGCGCAUCUGGCCAUCGAUCAGCUUCGGGUUCUCAUGGCGAUGGGCGGCCUCUUCUACGCGGGCAGGCUAAGCGCCGUUCAGGCGCCCGACGUUUACGCAAUUACUCUGGACGGCGAGCGCGGCAACCGACCGCACAUUCACUCCCGAGAAGAGAUUUUAAAAGACGCGAUUGUAGAAGUGUGUCCGAGUUCGACGAAAGAGCUGCCACCUGGAACCAGACUUUGCGCUUAUUGGAGUCAACAAUAUCGGUGUUUAUAUCCGGGAACUUCGGUUGAGCCCUUGGAACCCGAUCCGGAGCUCGACGAGAAGUUCGUUACCGUGGAAUUUGACGACGGAGACAGCGGGAGAAUCAGUUUAGACGACAUCAGACUGCUUCAUCCCAAUUAUCCUGUUGUAGAAUACGAUCCGAAUCCGCUUCUCUCGUUGGGCAAACGACGACGGCAAACCUCCUGUUCUUCGGAAGACAAGCGUUCCGCAAACAGUCAGAUGGUCGUGCCGAAAGAGGGUUGUAACAUCACGUCCCAGAGCUUGAUACCCACCAACACCACGUUUUCGACGUCGUACACGCCCAAUGUGCAACAGUCGCCGAAUAAUAUGCAACGCGCGGAAGUGAUCGACGAAACGAAUACGUGCGCGAUAGAUAGUCGUAAAGAAAAACACAAUAAGAAAAUAAAGAAGAAGAAAUUGCUCGAAACUAUAGAUGGAAAGAAAAAGCACAGGAAGCGCAGAUUGUGCAAGGAGCACCGCAAGCACAAGCACAAGAAACACCGAAAGCACAAGCACAGACAUCACACCGACAGCUCGGGCGACGUCGGUAACGUGAGCAAUGAGGAAAGCACCAUGGAGCAAAGGAACGCGGAAGAAAUGAAGGAAGCGUUGCAAGAUGCGAGCAAUAGUUUUUCCGAGGAAAAAACGUCGUCCGAGGAGUCGGAAGAAUUGUCGGAACACGUUCAAGAGGACGAUGUUCAAAUGGACGACGAUGUUCAAACGGAUGACAGGGAAUCGUCGCAAUUCGUUUGCGAGAACGUGAAAGAGAAUUGGACGGAGUCUGAAAAAUCAAUGGAAGAAGACGAUCGAGAGGACGCGACGCAAAAAUGUGUCGAAGAUUCAAGAUCGACGACGACUAUAAGCGAAGAAGCGAAGGACGAAUCGGAAGAUAUUCAAGAUGACAACCAGACCCAAUCGGAAUGUCAAAAAUCGUUUAAACUCGCCCCGCGGUGGGUCGUUCUCCCCCCCAGGGAGGAAGUUCAAGUUAAUACGGAGAACAGAGGCGAAUCAUUGACAAGAAGAGAAAAGUCGUCAGAAAAUAUUCAGGAAAACAAAAACGACCAAAUGAAAAUUUCGUCAAAAAAUGAAGACCUUUCUGGCGGCAGUUCUUCCUCCGGAAAUGAUUACUUGGCGGACCAAUCUUCUUCUGAUAGCACAAACGAUCAAACAUUUAAUACCACAUUUGAUCAUUCUUCCGGUACUUUUUCGGGUUCUUCGUCUACCAAUUCUUCGGAAGAAAUUCAGAUCCAAGAAGACGUGAAAAUGCAGGAAAAAUCAUCAGAUCUCGUUCAGGAUCACGUUCAAGCUUCAACGGAAAUUGCGAAACCGUCGGGAACUGUUGUUCGGGUUAACGAGGGAACCGCGGAAACGAGUUCCGUCUCGAUAAAUCAAUCAACGAUGGAUCGCGGUUCGAACACUUCGUCGAACAACACUUCCGAAACUUCGUCUGUACCCGAAUCCAACAGCAAGAUAGCCUCGAUGUUACCUGACAAACUCAUCUGGAAGUGGGAAAAUCCGACUCGCACAUCCGGAGCGAAUCAAUACUUCGCCUCGAUAAGACGCGGCAGAGAGAUGAUAAGCGUAGGCGACAGCGUGUCGUUUUACUGCCUCUAUCGAAACGAGAAACCCUACAUCGGCAAAAUCGUAAAACUGUGGUCGAAUCACAAAUCGCAGAUGAAAGUCAAAUCAAACUGGUUUUACCGUCCCGAAGAACUGGAUCAACCCUGCAAACUGACCAUUCCG